AUGGAGACCCUUCAACCGAUCGUGAGAUUGAAGAGAGUAAAUAAUACAGAUGAUCAACCGGCCCUUCGGCUGAUAGACAAGCCAAACAAUGGGCCGAGGAGGAUUGAAAUGAAUGAAAGAGAGCAGACAACGGCAAGAUGCACCAUGUUGAAUGAUGAGAGGUUCUUUAAGACCCAAGUGCCGCUGGCUUGGACUGCUUUUGUCUUGUCCUGUGUUAGUGGAAGAGCAGAGGUUGUUGAAGAUUGGAUUUUUAUCAAGACUAAUAGUAAUAAUAAAGUCAUGGUGAGUCCCUUUGGGCAAAUGGGAAAACACGACAUGGGUCCACCGUGGUUGAUACCCAUGCUUAGAGCAAGCUAUUUCAUUCCCUGUGCAGUUCAUGGCGAAUCGAAUAAAAGCGAAUGCAAUAUGUUCUGCUUAGAUUGUAUGGGAAAGGCUUUCUGUUCUUAUUGUCUCAUUUAUCAUAAAGAUCACCGUGUUGUUCAGAUAAGGCGAUCCUCAUACCAUAACGUGGUGAGAGUAAAUGAGAUACAGAAGUACAUAGACAUAUCAUGCGUGCAGACGUACAUCAUCAAUAGCGCCAAGAUUGUGUUCCUCAAUGAGCGCCCGCAGCCAAGGCCUGGAAAGGGGGUCACCAACACUUGCGAAAUUUGUUGUCGAAGCCUCCUUGAUUCUUUCAGAUUCUGUUCUAUUGGAUGCAAGCUGGGAGGCAUGAAGCGGGGUGAUGACCCAGACCUCACAUUUGCGCUAAAAUCGAAGCACAAUAGGGAUCCCUUCUUUGGUGGGUCUGAAUCAGACGAGUCGUCAACCCCUAAGAAGAUUCGCAGGACACAUGCUUUCAAUCGUUUGAUGGACGGACUCUCAAUCUAUUCCUCUAAUAAUGAUGGUGCGGAGAGCUCCGGUGAUGACGCAGCUACCAACAUUUCUCCGGCUACUCAUCCCAUUUUCAAUCAUCGUAAUGCAAGGAGAAGAAAGGGUAUACCUCAACGUGCCCCAUUUUAA